UCAGAAGAAGCUGUAGCUAAUAUGGGUAAACUUUUCGCCCGACAUCAGUUCAGGGGAGGGCAAUGGACGCUCUCAGUAGCGGUCAGCUAACCGUAAAACGAAGACGACUGCUUUUCUUUGAAUGCGCUGGACAGCGAGUGUUUGAGGUUUAGGCGCCUAAGCGCAGUUUGGCCAUCACAGUCUCCUCUGCAGUUCUCUCCGGUCAGUAACCAUGCGAAAUGUUCUGGUUUUCGUUCUAACAGUAUGUCUGGACUUCAUCAUCAUCUACGCGCUGGAUUUUGUAGGCACACACCUGAGAUCUCGGGAAAAGAGUUUGGACGGUAGUGAUAACCUGCUGAGACAGUGGCUGGAGUCAGUAGUGCGGUGUGUCUUUCUGUACGGAGUCCUUCUCCCGUGCGAGGACGCUAAAAGGCCGGUGGUGAAGCGAUGGCUUUUAGCUCACUGUUUUAUAGGACCGGUGUGGGAAACGGGUCGCUUAACUGUUUUUGGAACCUUUCGGCUGGCGAAGGUUGACACAUGGCUGGUCGGUAGUGUCGCUGCUGCUCUGGGAUGCUUAUUUUGGGAGACACUGUUGCCUGACAGUGAGGAAAACAACGGAAAAGACAAGAAGCAGAAGGCUCGAGUCCUCUUCAUGAGAGUGGUCCGUUUCUACAAGCCUGACUACCUUCUUCUGAUCGGGGCGUUUGUGUUUCUAGCCUUAGCUGUGCUCUGUGAGAUGUUCAUUCCACUGUACACUGGAAGGCUGAUCGACAUCCUGGGAGCUGAGUACCACCGGGGUGAUUUCCAAACUGCAAUAAUAUUCAUGACGUUGUUCUCUUUUGGAAGCUCUUUCAGUGCAGGCUGCCGAGGAGGCCUCUUCACGUGGGCUGUUAGGAGCUUCAUUCGUAGAGUGAAGCUUCAGCUCUUCGGCUCCCUGGUCAGGCAAGAAAUUGGCUUCUUUGAGGUUACAAAGACAGGUGACAUCACAUCCAGACUGUCCACAGACACCACUCUGAUGGCCCGAGCUGUAGCCCUGAAUGUGAAUGUUCUUCUGCGGACACUGAUUAAAACCAUUGGCAUGCUAUACCUGAUGUUCAACCUCUCCUGGAAGCUGACUCUACUGAUGCUGAUGGAGACACCUUUGACUGGCCUGUUACAGAACAUCUAUGACACACAUUAUCAGAGACUCACAAAGGAGGUGCAGGACUCUAUGGCAAGAACCAACGAUGCUGCAGGGGAGACGGUGUCAGGCAUCAGGACAGUAAAGAGCUUUAACUCAGAGCAGAGUGAGUCGUGUCGUUAUAAUGACCGGUUGAUGGACACCCAUAAUCUAAAGACUCGGCGGGGCACAGUCAGGGCAGUUUACCUACUGGUGAGACGGCUAGUGGGGUUGGGAGUGCAGGUGGCUAUGCUACACUAUGGCAGGCUGUUUAUCCAGUAUGGACAGAUGACCACAGGCAGUCUGGUCUCAUUCAUCCUCUACCAGUCAAACCUGGGGGACAACAUUAGGACCUUGAUCUAUAGAUUUGGAGACAUGCUGAACUGUGUGGGUGCAGCCAGGAAGGUGUUUGAGUACCUGGACCGCAAGCCUGAAGUGAGCACUGAUGGGACGCUUCAGUCAGAGAAGCUAAAGGGAGAUGUCAGCUUUCAGAAGCUCAACUUCUGCUAUCCAACACGGCCUGACCACAGUGUGCUAAAGGACUUCUCUUUGGAGCUAAAACCAGGUCAAAUGACUGCCCUGGUAGGGAUUUCUGGUGGGGGGAAGAGUACAUGUGUGAGUUUACUGCAGAGGUUCUACCAGCCCCAGGAUGGACAGAUCUUACUGGACGGACAGCCUCUACAGAACUACGAGCACAAGUAUCUGCACAGCAAGAUUGCUGUGGUGGGCCAGGAGCCUGUUCUCUUCUCUGGUACAGUAAAAGACAAUAUUGCCUAUGGCCUAUCUAACUGCUCACUUGAGAGCAUCCAGGAAGCAGCUCGUAAAGCCAAUGCUCAUGAUUUCAUCCGUGAGUUACAGAAGGGUUAUGACACAGAUGUAGGUGAACGAGGAAGCCUUCUUGGUAGUAGUCAGAAGCAGCGCAUUGCCAUCGCCAGAGCUCUGAUCAGACAGCCACAGGUUCUCUUACUGGACGAGAUCACCAGCUUUCUGGAUGCCAAAAGUGAACAAGCGAUUCAAGAUGUCUUGGCCAACUGCCCCAAUCAGACAUUAAUGGUGAUUGCACAUAGAUUGAAGACCAUUGAGAAGGCAGACCAAAUCAUUGUGAUUGACCAGGGGACAGUGCUUGAACAAGGCACUCACCAGGAACUGAUGGAGAUGAAAGGGCAUUACUAUAAACUGAAAGAGAAACUCUUUACUGAAGAUACUACUAAUCUAACCAUUUUAAACAGUCUCACUGUGUUUGUGCCCGUCCAGGUCGCAGCCUUUGAUGAGGCCUUCUUGGCACACACCAAUACACCACGUUGCCCCACACUCAAGUUUGGCCAUCGCAGUCUCCUCUGCAGUUCUCUCCGGUCAGUAACCAUGCGAAAUGUUCUGGUUUUCGUUCUAACAGUAUGUCUGGACUUCAUCAUCAUCUGCGCGCUGGAUUUUGUAGGCACACACCUGAGAUCUCGGGGAAAGAGUUUGGACGGUAGUGAUAACCUGCUGAGACAGUGGCUGGAGUCAGUAGUGCGGUGUGUCUUUCUGUACGGAGUCCUUCUCCCGUGCGAGGAUGCUAAAAGGCCGGUGGUGAAGCGAUGGCUUUUAGCUCACUGUUUUAUAGGACCGGUGUGGGAAACGGGUCGCUUAACUGUUUUUGGAACCUUUCAGCUGGCGAAGGUUGACACAUGGCUGGUCGGUAGUGUCGCUGCUGCUCUGGGAUGCUUAUUUUGGGAGACACUGUUGCCUGACAGUGAGGAAAGCAACGGAAAAGACAAGAAGCAGAAGGCUCGAGUCCUCUUCAUGAGAGUGGUCCGUUUCUACAAGCCUGACUACCUUCUUCUGAUCGGGGCGUCUGUGUUUCUAGCCUUAGCUGUGCUCUGUGAGAUGUUCAUUCCACUGUACACUGGAAGGCUGAUCGACAUCCUGGGAGCUGAGUACCACCGGGGUGAUUUCCAAACUGCAAUAAUAUUCAUGACGUUGUUCUCUUUUGGAAGCUCUUUCAGUGCAGGCUGCCGAGGAGGCCUCUUCAUGUGUGCUAUUGGGAGCUUCAUUCGUAGAGUGAAGCUUCAGCUCUUCGGCUCCCUGGUCAGGCAAGAAAUUGGCUUCUUUGAGGUUACAAAGACAGGUGACAUCACAUCCAGACUGUCCACAGACACCACUCUGAUGGCCCGAGCUGUAGCCCUGAAUGUGAAUGUUCUUCUGCGGACACUGAUUAAAACCAUAGGCAUGCUAUACCUGAUGUUCAGCCUCUCCUGGAAGCUGACACUACUGAUGCUGAUGGAGACACCUUUGACUGGCCUGUUACAGAACAUUUAUGACACACAUUAUCAGAGACUCACAAAGGAGGUGCAGGACUCUAUGGCAAGAACCAACGAUGCUGCAGGGGAGACGGUGUCAGGCAUCAGGACAGUAAAGAGCUUUAACUCAGAGCAGAGUGAGUCGUGUCGUUAUAAUGACCGGUUGAUGGACACCCAUAAUCUAAAGACUCGGCGGGGCACAGUCAGGGCAGUUUACCUACUGGUGAGACGGCUAGUGGGGUUGGGAGUGCAGGUGGCUAUGCUACACUAUGGCAGGCUGUUUAUCCAGUAUGGACAGAUGACCACAGGCAGUCUGGUCUCAUUCAUCCUCUACCAGUCAGACCUGGGGGACAACAUUAGGACCUUGAUCUACAUAUUUGGAGACAUGCUGAACUGUGUGGGUGCAGCCGGGAAGGUGUUUGAGUACCUGGACCGCAAGCCUGAAGUGAGCACUGAUGGGACGCUUCAGUCAGAGAAGCUAAAGGGACAUGUCAGCUUUCAGAAGCUCAACUUCUGCUAUCCAACACGGCCUGACCACAGUGUGCUAAAGGACUUCUCUUUGGAGCUAAAACCAGGUCAAAUGACUGCCCUGGUAGGGAUUUCUGGUGGGGGGAAGAGUACUUGUGUGAGUUUACUGCAAAGGUUCUACCAGCCCCAGGAUGGACAGAUCUUACUGGACGGACAGCCUCUACAGAACUACGAGCACAAGUAUCUGCACAGCAAGAUUGCUGUGGUGGGCCAGGAGCCUGUUCUCUUCUCUGGUACAGUAAAAGACAAUAUUGCCUAUGGCCUAUCUAACUGCUCACUUGAGAGCAUCCAGGAAGCAGCUCGUAAAGCCAAUGCUCAUGAUUUCAUCCGUGAGUUACAGAAGGGUUAUGACACAGAUGUAGGUGAACGAGGAAGCCUUCUUGGUAGUAGUCAGAAGCAGCGCAUUGCCAUCGCCAGAGCUCUGAUCAGACAGCCACAGGUUCUCUUACUGGACGAGAUCACCAGCUUUCUGGAUGCCAAAAGUGAACAAGCGAUUCAAGACGUCUUGGCCAACUGCCCCAAUCAGACAUUAAUGGUGAUUGCACAUAGAUUGAAGACCAUUGAGAAGGCAGACCAGAUCAUUGUGAUUGACCAGGGGACAGUGCUUGAACAAGGCACUCACCAGGAACUGAUGGAGAUGAAAGGGCAUUACUAUAAACUGAAAGAGAAACUCUUUACUGAAGAUACUACUAAUCUAAGUUAA